UUUAUUGCUCUUGAGUGAACGUUCUUGCCGUCAAUUGAUUAUAUGCAAUACAAACGUGUCCUACGCGCAAAAAUUACACAUCCACUCUGUGUACUUUUUCAUUCAACAUUUUCCGACUGUGAAUCAGUUUUCUGUGGCAUUAUAUACAGUUUUUAACAUCAAGUAAAAACCCUUGAUUGAUAAGACUGCGCGCGGUUAUAGUGUUGAUAUCAAAAUAAAAUUAAAUAAAUUUCAGAUUUACCUUUUUUUGGCAUAUUAUUGAGUUGUGUUAAUUUUGUAAUAUAAAAGAGUCUAAACAAAAGUUAAAUAAAAGUGAAAUCUAAUCUGAAGUCAGUAAAUAUAGUUAACGUUUUAGUACGUGAUUUAAAUCCCUAAUUCGAAAUAGAAAAAUUAUAUCGAUUUACAUCUCCUAAGGGUACGUGCUUCCCAGCAGCAACAUAUUUCCAAUAAUAUAUAAAACAUGGCCUUAAUAAUGAGAUAUAUAGAUAGUAUGCAAAGAUAUAUGGACUCAUAUGGAGAUCCCAGAACGAAAGAUUGGCCAAUGAUGUCCUCCCCAUUCCCAACAUUAGCAGUUUGUUUAAGCUAUGUAUAUAUAGUUAAGGUUUUGGGACCAAAAAUUAUGGAGAACCGAAAACCAUUCCAAUUGCAAAAUACUCUGAUAGUUUAUAAUUUUAUUCAAGUAAUUUUUAGUGCAUGGUUAUUCUACGAGUGUCUUAUGGGCGGUUGGUGGGGACAAUACAGUUUCAGAUGUCAACCCGUGGAUUAUAGUCCCAGCGCGACAGCUACAAGAAUUUCAAUAUCCGGUUGGCUAACAGGACAUUAUAAUUUUCGAUGUCAACCAGUUGACUAUAGUAAUCACCCUAAAACGUUAAGGAUGGUUCACGCGUGCUGGUGGUACUACUUCUCGAAAUUUACAGAAUUCAUGGAUACGAUUUUCUUUGUAAUGCGAAAGAAAACUAGUCAGGUGACAACACUACAUGUUAUUCAUCAUGGUUGUAUGCCAAUGUCAGUCUGGUUCGGUGUAAAAUUUACACCAGGUGGUCACAGUACAUUCUUUGGAUUGCUUAACACAUUCGUACAUAUUGUAAUGUACACAUACUAUAUGUUUGCGGCAAUGGGGCCACAAUACCAAAGAUUUUUAUGGUGGAAAAAAUACCUUACCGCUCUGCAAAUGGUACAAUUCGUUGCCAUUAUGGUUCACGCCUUCCAACUCUUAUUUAUCGAUUGCAAUUAUCCAAGAGCAUUUGUCUGGUGGAUCGGUAUGCAUGCAGUUAUGUUCUUCUUCCUCUUCAAUGAAUUCUACAAAUCCACAUACAAAGCGAAGCAAGACCGAUUGAGACGCGAAGCUGAGCAAAAGAAAAAUGACACGCUGAAAAACGGACUCAAGCAAAACGGUAGCAUUAAAGAAAACGGAGUAAACGCGAACGGAACGAUGAAACAUCAAAACGGUGUCAUCCAUUCGAACGGUGCUGUUCACAAACACGAAAAUGGUAACGGCGUAGCCAAUGGUAGUCUUAACCAUAAAACAGAUUACAGUAACAUCGAUUCACCUACAGACUUAACAAGACGAAAAGUGCAAAAAUAGUAGCGAUUUAGGUUUAAAUAAAUUUUUUUUUUAGUUUUUUAGCAAUUGUUAAUAUUAAAAAAAAUUUGAGGGUGAAAUGAUAAACAAACAACAAGAACAGAAAAUUAUAAUUUAAAUAGAAAACAGUAAACAAAACCGAAAAAAAAACAUUAAAACUCAAUCAAAUUCUACGAUGCCACGAAACCACACACCUACAAUCAAAUAUAUCGCAAAAUCAAAUUAACGAUUGACGCGUCAUGCUGUUAGAAUGAAAAGAAAAAGAAAUAGAAAUGAAACAACUAAACGAUGAAUCAGAUUGAAUUGUGUAUUAGGUACGAAUGUAUGGAAUUUAGAGUUAAAAAAUAAAAAAAAAAUUUUUAAACAAAAAUCAAAAGUUAAUUGUCGAAUGUAUAAUAUUUCCAGUCGGUGUGAACAUAAUUUUUUUUAUAAUUAACUUCUGAGUAAGAACUUUUUGUUAACGUAUUUUUAGGUUGAAUUUCAAAUUUUUGUUUCCCUUCUUCUUUCUUUUUUAUUACUGUUUUGUGUCGAAAUUUGGGGCGCAUUUUAGUCUAAACGAAAUGUAAUUGUAAUUUUGUCUUUUUGGUAUUGAAUUCAAUUUUCUUUUUGUCUGUCUGUAUAUGCCUCCCUGGUCAUUUUUUUUCUAUCUAUUUGUUUAAAAACAAAGAAAUGUUAUUUCGCGUAAGAUUAUUGUAAAUAAUUUUUUUUACAUUUUUUUUGUUGUCAAUAAAACGAAAGCCUUAUUAGAAAUUCGACCACAUAUCAAUUUUUUAGUGUUUCGGGUUUUGUGCUGGCGAUCAAGUAUAUAAAUAUAAUUAAAUGAAAAUGAUAUAUAAAAAAAAAUUGGUUAACCAACAAUAUAAAAAAGAAAAAAA